AUGCAGACGAGCACCUUCAAGAACGAUCUCGACAAUGCGGCACAGGUUGCUCUGCAGAUGUUGGCUCUGCCGGCAUCCGUCGCCCAAGGGCAAGGCUCCAGCGACGGCGGCAGCAGCAGCAUGUCAGGCCAGUGCCUGCUGCAGCUGCUUGACAUGGACAGCAGCAUCCACCACGUCCACCUGCUGAUGUCCCUCUGGCCUGCGCUGCUGGUGGCCGGCCUUGCUGCGUGGAAGGGCGGUUGGCUUGCGGCCGUGGUUGGGAGCAACGUCUUCCUUCCAGCCUUCGUCGCCGGAUUCGGAAAGUACCUCGUGGCCUUCCGGCUGCGGCCUGAAUCAGAAGACGAGGCGCUGCAUCUGGAUUUUCUUCCCCCCGGGCCGCAGAUGAGUUCCUACGUUCCGCUGCGGAUCGCAGCAGUGCUGGGUGCCAUCGUUGGCUUCUCCGCGCUGAGCGUGUGCAGCUGGAUCUACGCCGUCAGAACCCGAUUGCCGGAGGAGACACGGCCGCACGUGGCCUAUUUGAUUCAGGCCUACCGACCGGAGUGUGCCAUUUGGGAGGUGGAGCGGCUGAUGCGUAAG